GAGCGUGGCUGUCAGCGCGAAGGGAACAAUGAUGUCGGAGCAGGAGGCUCUGAAGAGGAACCGUGGUGGAGUUCAGCGGGUAGAGGGCAAACUGCGCGCCAGCGUGGAGAGAGGAGAUUACUAUGAGGCCCAUCAGAUGUAUCGCACCUUGUUUUUUAGGUACAUGUCGCAGUCCAAGCAUGCAGAAGCGAGGGAGCUGAUGUACAACGGAGCUUUGCUUUUCUUUAGUUAUAACCAGCAAAACAGCGCAGCCGAUCUGUCCAUGCUGGUCCUAGAAGUGCUGGAGAAGUCCAAAGCCUCUGUAGAAGAGGACGUUCUAGAGCAUCUGGUGAAGCUGUUCAGUCUGAUGGACCCGAACUCGCCCGAGAGGGUGGCUUUCGUCUCCAGAGCGCUCAAGUGGUCCACGGGGGGCUCAGGGAAGCUGGGACACCCUAAACUGCACCAGCUUUUGGCUGUAACGUUGUGGAAAGAACAGAACUACAGCGAGUCGCGUUACCACUUCCUGCACUCGGCGGACGGCGAAGGCUGCGCUCAGAUGCUGGUGGAGUACUCGGAGACUCGGGGCUUCCGCAGUGAAGUCGAUCUGUUUGUGGCUCAGGCAGUUUUACAGUUCCUUUGUUUAAAGAACAAAACGAGUGCAUCAGUGGUGUUCACCACGUACACACAGAAGCACCCGUCCAUAGAGAAAGGUCCUCCGUUUGUCCAGCCGCUCCUCAACUUCCUCUGGUUCCUGCUCUUAGCAGUGGAUGGUGGGAAGCUGACGGUCUUUACAGUGUUAUGUGAACAGUAUCAGCCAUCGCUUAAGAGGGACCCCAUGUAUAACGAGUACCUGGACAGAAUAGGACAACUGUUCUUCGGCGUGCCACCCAAACAGUCGUCAUCAUACGGAGGUCUGUUAGGGAACCUACUGAACAGUCUGAUGGGAUCGGGUGAGGAGGAAGAGGGGGAGGAAGCUCAGGAGGACAGCAGCCCUAUCGAACUGGAUUGAAAAGCAUCCAGCCGAAAGAACAACAGCAACAACACCACAAUAAAAACUGCUCAUUCCGGGACCAUACAAACUCAAACCAUUUCUGUUCUGCCAGACGUCCUGAAUGAGUAGCUGCUUCGGUUCUUUUUGGGUAGUUUUAAAAAGAGGGACAUGCGUCGACCCUUUUGGACUACAGCCCCCUCCCCCCAAUCCUUCGCCCCCUCGGAAUAGGAGUUGAAAAUAAUCAUGAGAAUAAAACGUACGUUAAAACGAUACGUUUGAUGAUGAAAAGUCGCAGCCCGAAACAGAUUCCGACGGAAUUGUAGUCCACGCUAACACACUUUAAUGAAUUUUAGUGCGGUAGUAUGUAUGCGUUUACAUGUCCGUCUUACCAGGGAGGUAUUUGCUGUAUUUUUCAGUUUCUUACCAACUUCACCACUACGCCCCCCUUUAUUGUCUAUGUGUGAGUGUGUGCGUGUGAGUGAGUACAAAAAGAGAGAUGUGGAGACUCAUGGCUUGGUGUCCUUUGUGGGUGUUUUUGUUUGUUUUUUGAGGGGUUCAAUAAAAUAAAAAAGGGUGAUAUACA